AACGGAUUAAAAUUUGUGUUCUGUGGGAACUGUCAGUGCCAUAGAUGUACUUGGAUGUACUAUGAUCAGUGUCAGUUGUGUCAACUGUAACUUUAGGUCACGUCAUUUUGAUCUUUAGAACAUUAACCUCAUUCCAAAUCGCCAAGAUGAGUUUGCAGUGGACGAUAAUCGCCGGGUUUUUGUACGCAGAAAUCGCAGUAGUACUUCUUUUGGUACUCCCCGUUGCUUCCCCAAGAAGAUGGAACUCUUUCUUCAAAUCGAAGUUUUUGCAAGGUUUACAGAAGCAAGCCGGAUUUUACUUCUUGAUGCUUCUGGGCAUUCUGGUAUUGUUCCUUCUUGACGCCAUUAGGGAAAUGAGAAAAUAUUCUAAUCUAGAAGCUGAAGAACAUGGCCAUGCCCACCUCGAUCGUGAGAUGCAAGGCAGCAUGAGACUCUUCAGAGCCCAACGCAACUUCUACAUCUCCGGUUUCGCUUUGUUCCUGUCACUUGUCAUCAGAAGACUUGUUAUUCUAAUCUCUGAACAGGCUACUUUACAAGCCCAAUCAGAAGCUUCAAUGAGACAAGCCCAGAGUGCAACUACUGCAGCUAAGAGCUUGUUGGCCCAACGUGGAGAAGUAGCACAAAAUGAGAGCAAUGAAGCUCAUGACCAGGUAAACGAACUCAAGACAAAAAUUCAGAAACUCGAGGACGAAUUAAAAACAGAACAGAAAGAUAAGACUGCCAUAAAGAGCCAAGCUGAGAACUUGGCCAAGGAAUACGACAGAUUGGCCGAAGAGCACAGCAAACUACAAAAGAAGGUGACAAUCCAGGGAGCCGAGAAGAAAGGAGAAUAAUGUACAUUAAAAAACGUUGAUUGCACAUCCUAUAACUAUUUAUAAUAAAAAGCUUUGGUUGUAACAAGCUCUAGUGUAAAUAUGAUAAGAUUUGGUGAUUGGCUAUAGUGAGAGAUAUGCUAUUUUUUAAUAAUAUUCGAAUAGUAGAUGAAAAAAUUUGUCUUAAAAUUAGUUCUUCAAAAUCUUUGUUUCCAUUUUCAUUAGAGGUCACUGGAGAAAGUUUUUUAUUAACAAGGGGAAGAAUUUUGAAAGACUGCACUGCUUUUCAGCCAAGAAAACGCCACUUCAACCAUUUACAUUAGGUAAACAUACAUUAAGGGGAUUUGUAUAUCUAUUCUAUCAUAUAUUAGAUCUCUUCUGCCGAUCUGGAUAGUCAAGCCAGAUCAAUUCAAAACCACAUAAAUAUCUUUGAUAUGCCUCAUAUGUGAACAGACGAUUAAGUAAUUGCAAAAUCUUUUUCAUUUUAUCAAACGUAACAUAAAGCUCUCUAAUAGGGCAUUCCACAAUGCUGUAAAAAUUAAAUCAAUAUGGCGGCUGGGAGGCAAACAAUUUUGUUUUUUACAUGAAUUAAUUUAAUAUUUUCACUGGAAGAAUCCACUUUAAAAAGAUAAUAUGCCUCAUUUCUGUUGUGUUUUGGAAAAGUAUGGAAUGCGAAGUAAUCGUGAUAAAGUUCAGUUUUAUCGGUUACCAUUAGUGCUACAUUUUAAGCAUAAAACCAACUGAACUAAAUAAGUUAUGAUCUGAGAGACAUAAACAAUGGUUAAAUGCUAUAAAUGUCCUAUAAAAAUGCUAAAUAACUAUUUCCAUGUUACUUACGCUUGGAAAACUGUCUCCACUGUAGGUUAAGUCAGACUCCUUGAUGGAAAAUGAAUAUAUAUUAUUUAUUUUGCCAAUCUUUUGCUUGUACCUACCAGCAACAUCUGUAUUGUCUAGCAACAACUUUCGAAAAUAUUCACGUAAGUUUAUUUAAAACUAAAUAAAGUCGUUCAAGUACUUCUACAACUAAAAACUACACAAAAGCAACAACAAAAUGUUGGGAAAAUACAACGAAAAAACUAUUAAAGGUAAAAAACGUAAGAAACACAAUGUGGUACAAAUAUAAAUAAAUAAGUAUGACACUGCCUCUCAGCAUAGUCAUAAACGUCAAAGUCUUUGAAUGCCCUAUACCUGAGUGACGCCUGUCAAAUUCAAAUAAGAGUACUGUUAUCUUCUAUAUUUUAUAUAGAUAACACAAAUAAUCCCUAAACUCUGAGGAACAUACUAGUAUCAACAGUCCUUGUUUUACUUAUCCAGCAGACCAGACAAAUCUUUUAAAAAUCUACUUUUGUGUGUACCUUUUCACAUACACGAAUAUAUUGUCCUUAGAAUUAUUAUGUAUGUCCCUACAAUUGUUAUGAAUCGUUUUGACAGAUGUUUUUUGACAUAAUAAGUGAGUGUGUACACAUGGUAAAUAUUUAAAUCGUCAAGCACAAUGUGUACAGUCUAACAGGCUCUAUAAGAGACUCAUUCAUUUUCAGUUCAGCGGAAUGCUAUUGUUGGAAGUGCAAAGUUAUAUAAACAAGGGAUCAUUUCAUAAAACAGGCAGGUUCUUUGUUUAUGGAAUUGUACACCUUCGAACGAUAGCAUCCCGCUCAGGUGAAUAUUAAUGAUUUGUGUAGAUGCCUUGUUAGAUUUUUUCAUUUCCAAUAAUUAUUGAUUUUGUUGAAUUUAUUGAAAAUAAGAGUCGCAGGUGUUUCAUGAACAUUUGUGAUGUGGUCAGCAGUUUUCGUUGAAUUUGAAGAGCUCGUUGUAUGUAGCAGAUGUUUGAGCUUCUAGUGUCUACUGCACUUAACUAUUAUGUCAAAUACAGGAAAAUGUUUUUGGUUUUCUGAUGUUAUCUUUGUAUUCCAUUUGUUUUUAAUUUAUUAUAAGAUUUAUUACUAUUUUUUUUUUUUGAAUAACAUGAGUUUGUAUAAUUUAAUAAAAUAAAUCCAUUUUAAAAAGGA